CUGCAGGUUGUAAGGUCAGAGUGCAAAGGUUUUUUUUUACUCAGAACAGCCAUCUUGGAUCUAAAUGCUAAGAAGAGAAAUUGAUGCGGAGGCAAAAGGCAUGUUUGGUGCUAGGAAAAAAUUUCCUGACUUUGUGGAGGUGGUCGAUAACGACUUUUCAGAUGACAGCAUGUACUACAACCAGCAGUCGAUGUUCCCCCAUCGGACAGACAAAGAUAUGCUGUCGUCUCCCUCACCGUCAUCAUCGAGCCAGCUGUCACAGCUCGGGGCAAGUUUGUAUGGUGCACAAACAGGUGCACUUGGUUUCUCUGUAAGGGGUAUGGGCAACAGUACACCUCAGUUAAACCGAAAUCUUACUCAAGGCAACCAGUUACCAACUCAUAUCACCCCCACAACAGGGGUCCCAACCAUGUCCCUCCACACACCUCCAUCACCAAGCAGGGGGACUUUGCCAAUGAACAGGAACAUGUUAAAUCACUCACAAGUUGGUCAAGGCCUUGGGAUCAGUGGCAGAACCAACAGUAUGAGCAGCUCUGGACUUGCCAGCCCGAACCGUAGCUCCCCGAGUAUCAUCUGUAUGCCCAAGCAACAGCCAGCACGCCAGCCCUUCACCAUUAACAGCAUGUCCGGAUUCGGAAUGAACCGCAAUCAGGCAUUUGGAAUGAACAAUUCAUUAUCAGGGAGCAUCUUCAAUGGCACAGAUGGAAGUGAAAACAUUACAGGUCUGGAUCUGUCAGAUUUCCCUGCAUUGGCAGAUCGGAGUCGAAGAGAAGGGACAGGAAACCCAUCGGCGGUGCUCAGCCAGCUGUCGGGCCGAGCUCCUUAUGUUGGCAUGGUGACAAAACCCUCCACUGAUCAAACACAAGAUUUUUCUAUCCACAAUGAGGACUUCCCAGCACUUCCUGGUCCAAACUAUAAGGACCCAACGUUAAACAGCGAUGACAACAAAAAUAAUUUAAACGUCACAACCAAGAACACGUGUAACACGGAUGGACCAAAAUUCCCUGGAGACAAACCUGUGUCAGUUCAGAAUAACAACAACCAGAAGAAAGGAAUCCAGGUGUUGCCUGAUGGUCGGGUGACGAACAUUCCCGCGGGGAUGGUGACGGACCAGUUUGGGAUGAUCGGUCUGCUCACUUUUAUUAGAGCGGCAGAGACUGAUCCAGGCAUGGUUCAUUUGGCUUUAGGAAGUGACCUCACCACUCUGGGGCUCAACCUGAACUCCCCUGAAAAUCUCUACCCAAAGUUUGCCUCGCCGUGGGCAUCAGCACCUUGCCGACCUCAGGACAUUGACUUUCAUGUCCCAUCUGAGUACUUAACCAAUAUCCACAUAAGAGACAAGCUGGCUGCUAUUAAACUGGCUCGAUACGGGGAGGACCUGCUGUUCUAUCUGUACUACAUGAACGGAGGAGACCUGUUACAGCUUCUGGCAGCAGUUGAGCUCUUUAAUCGGGACUGGAGAUAUCACAAAGAGGAGAGAGUCUGGAUAACAAGAGCACCUGGCAUGGAACCCACCCUGAAGACCAAUACUUACGAAAGGGGAACAUACUACUUCUUUGAUUGUAUUAACUGGAGAAAAGUAGCCAAGAAGGGCUACUGUAGGCCAUAGACUGUAUUAAGAAGUGGACUAAGAAACAAAAUAGCAAAAUAAAAACACCAGGAUGAUGUGGAGCGGGUUAAUACGAACAUUUUAAGACCAAAAUGAGGAGCCUGACAGCAGCAGACAUGGAGAGAGGGCUGACAAUUUUUCAGUACAAAGUGAAUUGGAGCCAGAGUCUGUGGAGUCAUAAGCAUGUUCAUACUCACUUCCUGUUUGCAGCUGCUUGCGGGUUAGCUGCGUGCAUUUAUCUGUAGUCUAUGGUUUCCACAGAGUAUGGAGUGAAUGAAUAAAGACUACACUAAGGCUUGCACUUAUAAGAAUGAAUUUGGAGCCGAGUUUCAUAUUAGUAAUAGGGUAUAAUUUACGGAUAAAAUAGCGAAAUGUUAUCGGGUUCUUUUUUCAGACUAAGAGUUUGUUUUCAUACCUGACAGUUUCAGCUGCUCACUAGCGUGCUUCCUCAGAGUGGUCAUGUGCUGUCCGGUAGGAAGAGAGUGUCAAAACCUGUAUAAAUCAGCUGACCGGACACGUCACAGAGACAUCACGUCACCACUCCGAGGAAGAGUACAGAGAACAGUCGAAUCUGAAUGAAAACAAACUAUUGGUGUGAAAAAAGAACCAAAUAACAUAGAUUAUCGGACGAACAAAUGAACCUUGUUGGACUAAAAUAGCAAAAUAAAAACACCAGGGUUAUGUAGAGUGGGUAAAUACGAACAUUUUAAAACCGAAAUGACGAGGCUCACUGUAGCAGUUACAUAGAGAGGUGAGAUUUUUUAAUAUAGUGAAUUGGGCACAGAGUUGAUGGAGCCGGAAAUGUGCCCAUGUUCACUUCCUAUUUGGAAUGUGGUGGGUAGCGGGUUAUGUCCACUUAUAUAUAGAGUCUGUGUCCAUGACCCACUCCAAAACAAGCACAAAACAGGUAGAAAACAACAAUUAGUCUAAAUUAGCAGAACUAGUUUUCUAACUGACGAGUAAUUUAUCACAGAAAAUUCACAUCCCCUUGUCGGCAUAACAAUCAAGCAUCACAUACAACAGCAGUAACUUUAACAACAAAUAAGGAGUUACAAAAACAGCAAAAGGUGUACUCAAAUAUCAGAUCAUUACACUGUUUUUUGUGUCUGAUUAAAUUUUGUUGCAGGAGUUUCAUCUCGAGUACGACAAACUCGAAGAGAGACCUCAUGUGCCAACAGCGUACAACUACAACCCAGCACAGCAGGCCUUCUGAGGCCACAGGCACUCUGCUGAUGUGCACCAGUCUGGCCCCAGCGCGGUGGGGCAGUUUACAGUUUGGUUUUAACCCCUGGGGGGCGCUAUAGGGCUGUUUGACUGUCAGACUGCCCAGCCUUUUCCAUUUACAUGCUGCCCAAACAUUUGUUCUGAUUUGAUGUUUUCUGUGAUCCGUCUUGUUUCAGGGUCUGUGAAGUUUACAUCUCAGUUUGUUGCGUUUCUUUUUUCUUUUUUUUUCAAAGACUCUCCACACGAGGCUCAGGCCUGAUUUUAAAAACUGUUGAGACAAGCAGGGAAAUCAAACUAUUCUCAAACAAAAGUAAAGGUGGAGAGACAUGCAGUGUCUAUUGUUGCACUUUGUUUAGUAAUAAAAGAACACAACAUUUGUUUGUGCUUUUUUACGUCAACACUCCCAAAAAUCUCUUUGUUCAGGGAGUUCAAAACAUAAUUCAUUGCAUGAUACUUUUUUCUUACAUUACCUUUAUACAAUGCUUCUUCUCCAGUGCGGACUCCAUCAGAGCCUUUCUCUCUGUUCUGUGGGUUAGGCGUAUUUCAGAGAUGCAUUCGUUUUUCACAAAUGUGAAUUUGUCCGCAUAAAGAGGCAAAACAGCUCCACUGUUUGCCUCAGAUCAAGCUAAACUUUCCAGUCUUUGUUAAAGUUUUUGUAAGAAAUGUGAAAUGUAAAUGUUUGAUUUUUGCAUCACAUAAUUUAGUAUGUACAGAUAUGUAUAUAUGAUUGCUCUAUAUAAAUAUAUGUAUGUACAUAUAUAUGACAUCUAUUUUGGAAGAAAUUUGCCCUGCCUUGUUACCUAGUUUUUAUUGGGUGAGCAUGGUGCAAUAUGUAGAUGUUAUUUCUUGAGCUGGUGGGCAGGUGCCACAUGGCACUGUGGGCACUUAGACUAAACCAAGGUUUGCCUGAAGCUAAAGAAGCUGUGUAAACAGCACUGGCAGCAUUUCAUUGGAUUAGGAAACUGACUGAAGAGAUGAUGAGACCAAUCUUGUACUUUCUGAAGUUUUCUUUGUAUUAAAGAUGAAAAGGCUUUACCCA